AUGCUGGGGAGCAGAGCUGUGCUGCUGCUGCUGCUGCUGCCCUGGAUUGCUCGGGGCCGGGCUGCGCCUGAGGGCAGCAGCCCUGCUUGGGCUCGGGGCCAGCAGCUCUCACAGCAGCUCUGCAUGCUGGCCUGGAGUGCACAUCAACCAAUGGGACAUGUGGAUUUACCAAGAGAAGAUGAUGAUGAGACUACAAAUCAUGUCCCCCAUAUCCAGUGUGGGGAUGGCUGUGAUCCACAAGGACUCAGGGACAACAGUCAGUCCUGCUUGCAAAGGAUCCACCAAGGCUUGGUUUUUUACGAGAAGCUGCUGGGCUCAGAUAUUUUCACAGGGGAGCCUUCUCUACUCCCCGAUGGCCCUGUGGGCCAGCUUCAUGCCUCCCUACUGGGCCUCAGGGAACUCUUGCAGCCCGAGGGUCACCUCUGGGAGAUUGAGCAGAUUCCAAGCCCCAGUCCCAGCCAGCCGUGGCAGCGCCUCCUUCUCCGCCUCAAGAUCCUUCGCAGCCUCCAGGCCUUUGUGGCUGUAGCUGCCAGGGUCUUUGCCCAUGGAGCAGCAACUCUGAGCCCCUAAGCCAGCAGCUUAUGGAUGGCACCCAGACCUCCACGGCUCAGCAAUGCUAAGAUGAAUUUAUCAGCCUAGACACCUAUGAGCCAACAAGUUAAUCAGUCCAUUAAUUUUAAAAGGACUUGCUCUGUUGAAAAAUUACCAAUACUGACUGACUUAUGCUGACCUAGAACGGGUUGAAUAUUUAUUACAUGGGAAGGGAAAUUUUGGGAUUAUUUAUCAUCAUGGCAGCAGUUUGGGGAGGAGGAUUAUUUAUUAUAUUUAUACUGAAUUAUGCACUUUUUUCAAUAAAGACUUAU